ACGUGCGCGGAGAACCGUAAGAUGGGGAACGAGUACGACAUCUCUGCGUUUAUUAUCCCGCCGCCUCCUCCACCCUCGGACGAGAAGGACAACAGGUCGUUCGACAUUAUACGGAGCCAAAGAAGGAAUCAGUAGGAUGGUGUGCGAGGACAACAGCGACAUGGAGGUCGGGGAGAAGGACCACGACAUGGGCGAGGUGCACGUCAGCUCAGAGACGAUGGCCAAGCGUGCCAACCUAGCGGGGAAGGUCGCAUCUCUGCAGAGGCGCUUCGAAGUUCCUCCCAGGACUGCCUACGGUAGUCUGCCUACCUCAAGUGCCUCCGUAGACAAUCGUCAGUUGCUACCGAGAUCAAAUAAUUCUAAUGUAGGACAUGAACUGCAUGCCAAAUUGGCACAGGCAUUAGAGGAAAAUGAUAAGAUGUUCAAAGGUUUCGACACUCAACAAAUGACGAGUGCCAAAAAUACCGGCGGAAGUCGGGAGAGCGGCGACUCCAAGCAUCCGUCGGUCACGGCCAGAGUACGAACCUUCAGCUCUGGGGGAAACUGGACCGCCUCUUCUCUUCAGCGCCAAAAGACCGUGCCAACCAGUAAGGCAGAGGGAAAAUAGGAGGACUCUCCACCUCCCCCUCCUCCACGAACGCCCAUCACACGAACCGGCACUCUGACUAACCCAAAGAAAUCCAAGCCUUCUCGUCCCUCGUCAAAAAUCCAGAGAAGUAUAUCUAUGAGCACAGGUAACCUCUCCAAGUCUGCCUCUCAAGACGACAUGACGAGUCACGCCAGUUACAUCACCAUCCUGAAGUCGAGCACCAAAGCCUCGGCCUCCAGCGAAGACGUCAGCCAAGCCAAAGCCUCCCCGGGGUCCCCCUCCAAACAAAGGGUAGCCUCCAGUAACGAUUCUCUCGCGUCGUCCUCCAGUGAAUUCCUCUACUGAAGAAUUACUCUUAAAAUUUUCAAUAAAUCUCUAAACAUCAUUAAUGAACUACAGCUCAGCCAGU